AUAAACGAAAAUUAAAAAUUUCGAGUACCUAACAUAGAUAUUUAUCGCUUACGAUAUACGAAUAAAAAACAUAUUAUUGGACGUUUUUAUAUAUUUCCAUUUAUUUUUAAUUUAUUUAGUCGUGGUCGAUUUCUGUCCCUAGACACUUAUAUUAUAAGUUAUAACGUACAAUAUAAUAAUGUCGGGUUACGAUUCCCGAAGUGACGGACCUGGAUUUGUCGGAAUUAGAUUCUGUCAAGAAUGUAACAACAUGUUGUAUCCAAAAGAAGACAAAGAACAUAAAGUACUGUUGUACGCUUGCCGAAAUUGCGAUCACAGACAAAUGGCUGACAGCAAUUGCAUUUAUGUGAACAAAAUUAUGCACGAAAUCAACGAACUUACUCAUAUUGUUUCCGAUGUAACGUCUGAUCCAACUUUACCCAGGUCUGAAGAUCAUCCCUGUCCAAAAUGUAAACACCGAGAAUCAGUAUUUUUCCAAGCUCAAACUAGACGUGCAGAGGAGGAAAUGAGAUUGUAUUAUGUGUGUACCAAUCCACAUUGCAUACAUCGUUGGACCGAGUCUUCAAUUUAAUUAUUAUAUAAUAUUUUUUUUUAUAAAUAAAUACGAGAAAUUUUUUAUUCUGCCAA